UCCUCCUGCGGGGGAAGCGCGCGCUGCCAGAACAGGCGGAGUCGGAAACGCGCAGCAGCGUCGGUCCGUCGUGUCUGCGGCUCCUCCGCAGCUUCUCUCGCUCGUCUCUCCGCCGUCGGAUUCCCGGGGAGCUGCGUCUUCUUCUUCUCCCGCGGGAAAGCGACGGAUCUUCGGCCUCACGGACGGACGGACACCGCAGGCAGCGCGGCGGGGACAGACCUCGCUCGGCUCGGCUCUUCCUCCUCCUGCUGCGGAGGAAAAACCCGGACGGAGGCCCGCAGUGUGCGCUAAGCCUCCCGCAGGCCUCCGGCCCGGACUCCCGCUUUUCUCCCAGAAAAUGGACGGAUUCACCGGCAGUUUAGUGUCCCUGUCUCACUGCAGAUGACAGUAUGUCUGGAGCGAGUGUCUCAGAUGUCAACGAUCGUCUUUCUGCUCUGGAGCUUCGUGUUCAGCAGCAGGAGGAUGAAUUGACGGUAAUGAAAGCAGCUCUGGCUGACGUCCUUCGCCGCCUUGCUGCCUCCGAAAUCUCUGCUGCCUCCUCAACCAAGAAACAACAUGGAGGGAAAGGUGGUGCUGCAUUGCGUGAAGCCUACUCGAUGUCCUCUAUUGCUAAUGGAGGGACAUCUGGACGAAAGAGAGACUCCACCUCCGUCACCAGGAAGGAAACGGUGUCAUCUGCGGCCAAGAGUGGAGCAGACAGGAAGAAGGAGACCAGCAGCCAGCGGUCUCUAAUGGAGGACAUCCAGGAACGUGAGGAGCCUACUCGCCCAAAGGAUUCAUCCCCCUCUCCGUCCUCUCCCGAUCCUCCCCAAACCCCUCAGACCCCCCAGACCCCCCAGAGACCAACUCAGUCUGCUGACAGCAGUAAAGGCCACGCCCCCCCAAAAAGGGGCCCCAGUGUAAAGCGAUCCUCAGGUAUGGAACGUUCUCAGAGCAGCACCUGGGACACCUCAGAGGAAAACAGGAAUAAACUGGUGAAAGCUGCAUCCACCUCGAAACUGCUCUCCAAAGUGGUCAAGAACGCAGAGAAACACAAAGACAUGGCGGUCAGUCAAGCCAAAAUGUCGACCCGAGAGAAAAACAGCCAAGCAGAGGGGAACACCAUCAAGAUGUUCAUGCGUGGUCGACCGAUCACCAUGUUCAUCCCAUCAGAUGUGGACAACUACGAGGACGUUCGGACUGAGCUUCCCUCAGAGAGACUCAAGCUGGAGUGGGUGUACGGUUAUCGUGGCAGAGACUGUAGAGCAAACGUUUACCUCCUUCCAACUGGAGAGAUUGUUUACUUCAUCGCCUCUGUCGUCGUUUUGUUUAAUUACGAAGAGCGAACUCAGAGACAUUACCUGGGACACACUGACUGUGUCAAGUGUUUGGCCAUCCAUCCAGAUAAGAUCCGGAUUGCUACAGGACAGAUUGCAGGAGUGGACAAAGACGGACGGGCGCUGCAGCCUCACGUUCGUAUCUGGGACAGCGUCAGUCUUUCCACUCUGCAGGUCAUCGGUCUGGGAACAUUUGAGCGAGGCGUAGGCUCUCUGGCUUUCUCUAAAGCUGACUCUGGUCAGCACCUGAGUGUUAUUGACGACUGUAACGAUCACAUGUUGACAGUUUGGGAUUGGCAGAAGAAAUCAAAGAUCGCUGAGAUCAAGACCACUAACGAGGUGGUGCUGGCUGUGGAGUUCCACCCCACUGACCCGAACACCAUUGUCACCUGUGGAAAGUCCCACAUCUUCUUCUGGACCUGGACUGGGACCUCGCUGGCUCGGAAACAAGGAAUCUUUGGGAAAUACGAGAAGCCAAAGUUUGUUCAGUGUUUGGCCUUCCUGAGUACUGGAGACAUCCUGACUGGAGACUCUGGGGGAGUCCUGCUAGUCUGGACGAGGAGCUCUACUGAGACACCCACUGGAAAGGGACCCAGAGCGUUUCAGAUCAGUCGGCAGGUCAAAGGUCAUGAGGGCAGUGUGUUCUGUAUGUGUGAGAUGCGAAGCGGCACUCUGCUGACCGGAGGAGGAAAAGACCGAAAAAUCGUCUUGUGGGACCACGAGCUGCGAGCCGACCGCGACAUUGAGGUCCCGGAUCAGUAUGGAACCAUUAGAGCUGUGUCCGAGGGCAAGGGGGACGAGUUUCUGGUUGGGACGUCUCGCAACUUCAUCCUGAGAGGAACUUUCAACGAUGGUUUCCUGGUUGAGGUCCAGGGUCACACAGAUGAGCUGUGGGGUUUGGCGUCUCACCCAUCCAGAGGAAUGUUCCUCACGUGUGCCCAGGACCGGACGGUCUGUCUCUGGAACGCUGUGGAUCACAGUUUACAGUGGACCCGCACACUGGAGGAGCAUGGACACUGUGCAGACUUCCAUCCCAUUGGAGCCGUGGUCGCCAUAGGAACACACUCAGGAAAGUGGUACGUUCUGGACGCUGAGACCACUGACCUUGUGGGGAUCCACACCGAUGGGAACGAGCAGCUGUCAGUGAUGCGCUUCUCUGUGGAUGGCAGUCUGUUGGCUGUUGGAUCUCAUGAUAACUUUAUUUACCUGUACACCGUCUCCGAGAGAGGACGCAAGUACAGUCGAUAUGGGAAGUGCACAGGACAUUCCAGCUACAUCACACACCUGGACUGGUCACCUGACAACAACUUCAUCAUGUCCAACUCUGGAGAUUAUGAGAUCCUCUACUGGGAUGUUCCAAACGGUUGUAAACUGAUCAGAAAUCGUUCAGAGUGUAAAGACACUGAUUGGGCGACGUACACCUGUGUACUGGGAUACCAUGUGUUUGGUGUCUGGCCGGAGGGUUCAGAUGGCACAGACAUCAAUGCUCUGAUCAGAUCUCACAACAGGAAGGUUAUCGCACUGGCUGACGACUUCUGUAAAGUUCACCUGUUCGCAUACCCAUGCUCCACAGCCAAGGCUCCCAGCCAUAAGUACAGCGCCCAUAGCAGUCAUGUGACCAAUGUCAGCUUCCUGUAUAAUGACAGUCACCUGAUCUCGACGGGGGGGAAGGACACCAGCAUCAUGCAGUGGCGUUUGGUGGAGAAAUCUUCACUCUCUCUUACCGAUGGCCUCCUUUCUAACUCCGCCCCCCACCGGGCAGACCCUGUCUUCACUCCUCCCUCUCAUGCUACAGCUACGCCCAUACAGGAACCCGCCCCUCCUCCGACAGCCAAUGGGACCCAAGAACCCUCCCCGGACACCCCGCCCCCCACAGAGUUAACUCCACCUGUCUCUGAGUUAACUCCACCCUGCUCCGAGUCAACUCCACCCCCCUCAGACAGCACGGUGAGUCUGAAGGACAGCCUGGAGCCGAGUGAUGACACAGCCACACCCAGCGAUGAGGGGCUUCCCCCCCUCACCCCCCCAUCAUAGAUAGUUGGUGUGUAUGAGUGUGACUGUUCUGGUACAGCUAUCUUUGUGAGGACCAGGUGGGGUUUCACACCUUGUGAAGACAUUUUAUUAUGUGAGGACAAAUUUUUGUGUUGGACCUUUGAAUGUUUGAGGUUCAGACUUGGUUUUAAAGUUAGGAUCAGGAUUAGGAUGAGGGUUUGUGUUAAACAUGUAGCUGUGAUGGUUUAUACAAUACACAACUGUGAACACACAGACAUGACAUACAUAGGGUUACGGUUAACCCUAAUUCUUUAUCAUUCGGUAUCACUUUCGCUUCCUGAGGAUGUCAACCACUGUGAUGUCCAUCCAGAAUAAACAUCCAUUAAUCCAGGUAGAAAUCAGAGAGAAAGGAAUCAAAGUAAUUCACUGGUGAUUGUUACAUCCACGGCUACAUUGCUAACAGGAGCUGCUAAUAGCUAAUUCAGCUCAUUAUGAAUGGAGAAAGUGUGGAAACAACAGAAUCAAGUGUUCAGCAUCAAGAGUUCUCAGUGGUCAUGGUGUAAUGGUUAUCGUAGGGGGCUUGGACAUGUAUUUAAUGAGGGUCCUCACAAGUAUAGAAGUACAAAGUUCUGUGUGUGUGUGUGUGUGUAUGGAGAUCCAGAUCUGUGGCCGCAGAGUCAUUGAUUUUAAAUCAAUCAUAAGUUAAAAUAAACACUCCUUUAGGUUGAACAAACAUCAUGUCACAGUUUGAAACACCUGGAGAGUCUGAUUUACCUGAGCAGAGAGUGAUAGAGAAGAUGUUACCUAACACACCAGAGUUUUACCCUUAUCCUUCAAACAUUUGAGUUUAAAAUUUAAAUUGAAAAAAGUGUGCACACGUGAACAAAGCGAAGAAGACACAGGAAGGUGAGCUUUCUUUUUCUAAAACAGAAUGCUUCAAUUUGAGAUAAGAUUUAAUGGAUGAAAAUUUACAGGUGAGAUAAGCCUGAGGUGUGUUUGGUCUGUCUUUCAAUAAGAGCAGAGCAGGUGAACAGGAAGUGUUGGAGGAAUUAGAGAGGACCUGCAAGCUCUUUGUGUCUUUUAAAAACAUAUAUUGUUAAGAUUUGUUUAAAAGCUAUAAAAACUUUUUAAAAAAUAUAGAAAAAACUUAAUCUAAACUUUUUAUUUUUAUUGGUUUCAUUGGUGCAUUAUAAUGAAAAAUACCAUUUACAAUUUCUUUUUAUUAAUACUUGAUUCUUGAAAAGAAUCAUGUAAAAUGAGCUGCAACCUGUAAAUUCUCAAGACACUGCUAAGAUUUUUUUUUCUUUAUUUGAAUCUUAAUUUCAUGUGCUUUUAUUUUGCUAACCCACUAAACUGAAACUUUUUGAAAGUCGUGUCACAAUAAACACCCUCCCAGUAUGGGAGGCUUUUACGUGAAACAUGCUGGAAAUAUUAAAUGUAGUAAGCCUUAGACCAGAGUGUUGAGAGGUCCAGGCUGUGGUCGAAUAGUCUAAAAUACAACUUUUUUUUCUAAACAUCUUUCUUUGACCGUGAUCGAAAAUAUAAAAAGGUCAAAAAAAAAUGUGAAAGAGAACUUGUAAGUGCGGGAGAAAAGACAAUUGUGGUAUUAAGAGAAUCUUACUAGGGCCCCAAGGAAUCAUGGGACAGCAUCAUCUCCUUUCAAAGCAUCAAAGCGGCUUUUCUUAGCAUUUGCUAACUUGAACAGCUCUUACCACAGCUGCUUAUUCGGGGGUAAUUUCUCUCAGAUACAAACCUUCCUUAACAAAAAGAUUUAACUACAUCUUGAGGCUGAAGUUCAACUCACAUUGAUAACAGGAAACAGGAAAUAAUCAGGUGGAAACACAAAGUAAACAGGAAAGUCAACCUCCAGGUUAAAAACUGUGACUCAAAUAUUUUUUACUAAUCAGAAUACAGGGUUGACAGAGAAGUGGGUCUGAUUGAGACAUCUCUCUCUUACAGGAUCUGUUUGUAUAUACUGCAGAUAUCUGUGUGUAUAUUUCUGUUCACCAACAGGAGGCAACAGCUUUUCAGCUACACUGUAAAAAUCCUCAGCUGCCCUUCACAUUCAAUACUCACAUCUCUCAGCCAGUCAGCUCAUGGGAGACGCAUGUGCUCCUCUCCUCUGAUUGGCUGGUUUUCAGUAACUCACUGAAUGACUGCUGAUGAUGUUUUUUUUUGUCUCUUCUGGACCAUUUCUGUUAAAACAAGAAAAGUCUGAAUGUCAUAAGAUGUCACUCCAAGGGGGCGGGGCCUAUUGGGGGGUGUCAUGUUUUUGCCUUUUUAAUACUCUUUAUCUUUAAUAUCUACAUCUUUUCUACACUUGUCUCUGAAGGGCUUGUACAGAGUUCAGGGACUCACCCAGAUGUUCAGGGAGGGGCAGGGACCGGGUGGGCUCAUGGGGGUCAAUGGGAGGGCCGGGUUCUUGUGGGAGUUUCUGGAUUAACUUGUUUAUUUUUCAUUGAUGAGCAACAAUAUUAAUACCCAUAAUGAUGACGAUGACGUUCAUGUGACUGUUUUGAGCCAAUCAUGUCUUCUCUCAUGCAUUCCUGUCAUGUGACAGACUGUACUGAAGAUUUCAACAAAAAAAUGCAAAUAAAUGUUUUGAAAAUUGA